AUGAGCAUUUGGGAUGAAGCAGAUGUUAUCAAGAUUAGUGAAGAUGAAAUUGAGUUCUUGACUGGAGGUGAUGAUCCCUAUGAUGACAAAGUUGUCUUGACCAAGCUUUUUCACCCAAAUCUUAAGUUGUUGAUUGUCACUGAAGGCCCUAAUGGCUGUAGAUACUACACCAAGGAUUUUCAUGGGAAAGUUGGUGGUGUUAAGGUGAAGUGUGUUGAUACAACGGGUGCAGGUGAUGCUUUUGUUGGAGGACUCCUUCUCAAUUUGGCUUCAAAUACUCAAUUAUUCAAGGAUGAAAAGAAGCUGAGAGAUGCAUUGAGGUUUGCAAAUGUUUGUGGGGCCAUUACAGUUACAGAGAGAGGAGCAAUUCCAUCAUUGCCUUCGAAGGAAGCUGUUCAUAAGAAGUUGGAGGAAUCAGAAUCUAAAUAACUCGUGUGUCAUUUUUUUUUGGUUUGAAAUUAGAAGAAGUGGUUAUUAAACUGUCUUCUACAAGGUAGAAUAUGCUUAAGAGAAAAAACAUGAACAAAAAACAGAAAUUUGUCUCAUUAUUUUUCUUACUUUUGUCUAUGUAAUUAUUGUAUAUGUAACGUACAUGAAGUAAAUGAGGA